AACGACCCUCUGGGUGGUGAAACAACUUUUUUUGGUGUCAUUUUCCUAUCUACAAAGCACAAACGGGUCAACAAUAUCAAUGCGGAGACCAAACGAAAUACUAAUAUGAGGCUUUAUUAUUUCCUGUCGUAUUUAGUAGCUCAUUCUGCAAGUCACGAUUCACGGAGUGUUUCACUCUUCUGGGCGACGAACAUAGUAUAGAUAAUAAUACGAGUGAGUUUGCAAAUAUAUUGUGCACAAUUAUUAUAUGGCUGUUUUGCAGUCGUUUCCGAAUGUUGCAGUGUUGUGCACGCCAUCGUUUUAAGCUUUUAUUUUGAAGGCCACCGCAGUUUUUUUCCAGUUUGUUAUUGCCUCAGUAAUUUGACGUCAAUUGUUAUGACGUCUCUUUCUCAGUAAGAUACGCCCACUUGCUUCGUUGAGCCAAUGAGAUUGGUGAACCGGUAUGGCUUUAACAACUAUCCAAUCACAAGAAUGCAAAGGGCGGCCACUGCCACAGCUGACAUCAUCAUGAACCAAUGGAGUAAGGGAGCUAUGGAGGUUGGGCGGCUGGGUUAACCAAUGAAGCGGCGCACAUAGAAAGUGGGCGCCUUUCGCUUGGGACAUUUAGCCGUGGAUUUAGCUCGGAAACUGGCUAGAAUCUGUGGCUCCGGAGCCAGCUGUUUCGCGAGCGAAUGAACCUCACGUUGAGCCAAGAUGGCGGUCCACGAACCACCAGUUUCCGUUUUAGUCGAGCGCAAGGGGGGGCGGGUCUAAAACUGCAUCACAGCUGAUCUGGAGGUCCCCCCCCCCUUAAGUUGUUUUUUUGCAGAGAACAGCUUUGCAGAGAUUCACAGAUGGACCUCUCUCUUGUUUUCUUCCCCCCUUUCUUGUUAUUUUUUACCCUAGCGCAUUUUUUUACAACUAGACCCCACAUUUUCUUCAGCCCAGUAUCGGAUUUAAACCCACGCGCAGCUUCACUAUGACACUUAUUUGCUUUUAUCGCACAUCUUCACCCGAAUACACUCGUCUUUUUUGUCAUCCGCGGGGAAUCUAACCCGGGUCUGACCCAGUUGCAGUGUUUUUCCUCUCUUUCUGCCUUCGCAGCAUCCCAUGUGUUAGCGCGAGCGGCCAGUGGAGAUGUUUUCGGAAGGAGAGGAGGUCGAGUCCCACUUGUUUACCUCACUGGAGGAGUCCCCCGGAGCUGCGAUCUCCACGACACUGGAGCUCAGUCUGACUGCCGUCUACACCGUCCUCUACUGUUUCCUGUUCGCCUUCGUCUACCUGCAGCUCUGGCUCAUUUUACACUACGGACACAAGCGCUUCAGCUACCAGAGCGUGUUUCUGUUCCUGUGCUUGAUGUGGGCCGCGCUGAGGACGACCCUCUUUUCCUUCUACUUUAGAAAUGUGGUGCAGGCCAACCGGCUGCAGCCUCUGGCCUACUGGCUGCUCUACUGCUGCCCCGUCUGCCUGCAGUUCUUCACACUCUGCCUCCUUAACCUCUACUUCACCCAGGUGAUGUUUAAGGCUAAAGCCAAGUAUUCCCCAGAGCUCACCAAAUACAAGGUUCCUCUGUGCUUGCUCUUCCUGUGUCUCGGUGUAUUUUUCCUGGUGGUGAAUCUAACUUGUGCGUUGUUGGUGCAAGCGGCUCUGGAGCGCUCUGAAUCUCCGAGUGAUGGGGGUAUCCGACACGCGGUCCUGGCCCGGGUCUUGAUCAACGACAGUCUGUUUGUCCUGUGUGCUGUCUCUCUGGCCGUCUGCGUCUUCAAGAUCGCCAAGAUGUCCUCUGCCAACGUUUACCUGGAGUCCAAGGGGACAUCAGUGUGCCAGGCUACAGCCAUAGGAUCCACGGUGAUCCUGCUCUACACGUCCAGAGCCUGUUACAACCUGGUGGCGGUGGCCCUGCUGCCGCAGGACAGACCCAGUCCCUUCAACUACGGAUGGUACAGCGUUUCUGAUCAGGCUGAUGUGCAGGAGAUCACCGGCGAAGCCUACGUCGCGUUCGGGAUCAUUCUGUUCUUCUGGGAGCUGCUACCUACAAGUUUAGUGGUGGUUUUCUUCCGAGUCCAGAAACCCAACCAAAACCUGGCUCCAGGAGGGAUGAUCAACAGCCACAGUUUCAGCUCCAGGGCAUAUUUCUUUGACAACCCUCGGCGGUACGACAGUGAUGACGACCUGUCCAGAAGCGUUAAUAGUAGGACCGAUCGGGCCAGCCUCCUUUCCACCACCCCCCAGCUGGGCACGUCAAGUUGGUAUGGCUCCAUCCAACGCACCGGGACUCUGGCGGCGGGCGUUGCUCCCACCCAGCAACCGCCGUCUUCCACAGCCCAGCAACCGCCAUCUUCCACGGCCCCUCUCCUCUUUGCCUACGGAAACAUCCAGAGUCACAACCACCACCAUCACAACUACUACUCCACCCCGCAGAACAACAACAACCACCACCACCACCAUCAUCAUCAUCACAGUAACUACUUUUCCACGCCGCAGAAUUAUUACUGCGGCUCGCAAACGUAUUUCUGCACCCCACAGAACUGAGCGGGGUCCGUCCGAAGAGAUUGAAAAAAAACCUAACUAACAACUUCCUGCGGGUUUUUUCGUCGCCAUUUUUCUUCCCCAGAUACAUCCAAGCAGGUACUUCUGAGUGAUAUUCUGAGGCAUUGCUCAGAACCAGGUUGAACCUAAAAGGUUGGUUUGCCAAAUUAUUCCAGAGAGACGUGCUUGCAUCAGUAACUAAAGACAACGCGGUCUUUAAACGGCAUGUAGGGACCAGAACAAAAGCAAGCGCAGGCCAUGGACCACCGUUUUACCACUAAUACGACUACUAAUAUGUCUAAUGCUCCUAAAACAACAAAGACCAAACUUUUUAUGUUAAAACAUUCUGGUCUGUUAGUUUCUGAGACUGGAAUCAUCAGGGACCAGAUAAUUAUCCUUUCCUUGUAAAUUUCAUCCAAUUGUGCUCUGAGGGGUGCCAUGUAGCGGGGUAGCUAACGUGGCUAACGCCAAAGCUGCCAUCAGUCAACUGUGCUGGACAUAAAGACGUUCUAGUCACUCUGCGUUUGUCCAACUGUUAUUUGGGUUGUCGAAACAGGGUUGUGUGACUUUUUAAUGGGCACGCAUAUAUAUACAAACAAUGGUGGUUAGGUCUGAUUUGCCAUUAGCUCUAGUAGCAGUGCAAGCUAGUUUAUUGCCAACGCUAACAGUUAGCGUAAACUUUUAAUCCAUUUCCACCAAGACAAUUCUCAGAGACCUAGCAAAACUGAAAUACAAAAAGCUAACCGAACUUCCAUCCUUCAGAACUGUAUUAUCUUGUCGGCGGCAAAUUACUUGUUUUCAGCGAUUUUAUUUCUGAAGCCACAGAAAUCUAAAAGCUGUACAAACGACGUCGGCAAGCUUGAGACUUUAGCGUGCCUACACAGUACUGGACUUGCAUUCGGUUUGAUAUAUAAAAUAAGCUUAUUGCAGUUUUAAUAGCUGACUGCCAUCAAAGUUUAUUUCAGCGUUCACAAGUAUCAUCCAUGUAGACUGCUUACAGCUGCAGAGUAUAGGCGAAAUGUAUAUAGAGCUGCCAUAUGCGUGUACUUUGGUCCAUCUCAAUAGCACAAGGUCAGUGUGUAAGUGUGUGAAAAAUGUAACCUCCAACAAAUGCAUUGAUAUGGGGAACGAGUGUCAACAGAUGACUUUAACGACCCACUCAGGCUGGAACUAAAUCCACUCAUUCACAAGAACAUACCACUGCAGUCGGAUUAUAUAGAACUGCAGCCAAAUCCAGGUUUACUUCCCCAUAACUAUACAAUGGAAACCAUGUGAAAACCCAAGACAGGGAGGGCCAUAAUAGUUGCUGAAUGUUGGGGAUGCAAAAACAUAUCAUUGAUUUUACCGGGCAAUCGCACCAUCCGUAUCAUUCGGACAGUAGAUUUAAGUAUCAGAAUGUAGCUUUCAUUCCGCAUUGAAGUAGAAAUAAGCCCUGCAGGGAUUGUUGCUGAAACAGACGUUUGACCAAAAACCUGCCGCGUAAUCUGAUCCUUUUGUGAGUUGUGAGGCAAAACUUUGCACUUAGAAGAAGUUCACCGUCAGAGAAAAAAAUAAAAUAAAGGCUUUGGGCCUGAAUGUAGGAUUUUGUCUCCUACCUGUUUUAUGAAUUUUCUUCAAUCAUUGUCUGUAUUCUAUAUUUUUUACUAUUUAUCCUUCGAGAAAGGAAAUAUCAAUGUGCCAUCGCAUUCUGUCAUAUCUUAUCGUGUCAUUCCUGAAGGAAAAUAUCUUUGCACAAGAGACGGUUGGCGUUUUUUUUUAAUUGAUUUCUAACCCAUUUUUGAGUCUGAGUGUGUGUGACCUUAAAGCUUAGGUUUUCCAGUUUGCUUUUAUACAUUUUGAUUUUACAGAUAAUUUUCUCUCCUAUUGUUAUUCAUUAUCUCACACAUUUUAUGAAUCUCUGUAAGCAUAUUUCACUUGACCCAGUUCUCAGACCCAAAUCAGUGUCCCCAUCUGUGCCGAGUCAGGACUGAAGGGAACAAUGCUACCCAACACCUCGGUACUUAAACUGAUUUCAGCGGUUGUGAAAUUCAAUCUGUAAAUGAUGUAAACUCUGAAAACAAAAACUGAAAUACAACCAUGGAACUAAAGUUGUUGGGUCCAGCUGUUCAGAAAAAUCCACAUCUGCAGCGCAUGCUUCUGCAUCAGAGUGCAAAGAGCUCCGUGCCAUGUUUUCUUUCCACGGUGAUAUCAUUUAUGUAACAAUGUGGCUCUUAUCAGCUAUACAAUGGCAAUUGUUUUUAAUUGUUUCAUGUUAUGUAUUGGUUCAACUGUGGCCAUACUGAAUGUACCGAUUGUGCGACAGAUCACUAACGAUGUAUGCAAGAAAAGCACUACCAUGUUGAAAUAAAGGCCUACUGCACUGUUUUUAAGACAAAGG